AUGGCAAAUCUCGCAGUUGGUAACGCAGCUUCAAACACCAUAUCGAAUGUGCCUUCACUGCCACUGGUAACAAUAACAGAUAAUAGCGAUAAUAAGUUAAUCGCCAAUGAUAAUCUAUCAAAAUCCGAAAAGAAUCCUUCUUUAUCUUUAUCAUCAUCAUCUCCCGGCUUGCUUACACCACUGAAUGAGUAUCGACUGCACGCAUCAAUAUCUAGCAGUGGUAAUAUAAAACAAGCAUCUCGACAAUUUAGCAUCCUUCAUACUGGACGAGGUUUAUUAGGCACUGAUUCAUUAACAUACCUAAAAUUUCAUCGAUUACGCCGGAUAGCCUAUCUUUGUUGUAUUCUAUCAUUUAUAUUUGACAUUAUACUCGGUGUCACAGCAUUUGUUAACUGUAUACGUUCAAAAUCGUUUGUGGGUUUUUCAUAUUCGGUUGAUACUCUAAUGGAUUCAUUAUGUAUAGCAUUUGUUUCGUGGCAUUUGUCUGCGACAUCAUUAAAUGACAUGCAUCGUCGUGAUCGAUUGGCUUGCUGCGUUAUUGGAGCUUUAUUUAUCGGAUCGUUUUUAGCUAUUGAAUCAAGAGCCAUACAAAAUAUGAUAUUAGCACAAAAUGUACGACCAGAUGUGAUUGUAUUUAUUUAUUCUACGACGCAUAUUAUUGUAUUUACUGUCUUAUCGAUUAUCAAAAUAAUUAUCAGUAAACAAAUAAAAUCAUCGGCAUUGAUGGCUGAUGCACUCAACUCUAUUAUCGGUAUCAUAAUGGUUUUUCCAUUACUAUUGUGGGAUCGUGUUACAUUUUUAAAUAAAUUUGCUCACUUAGAUGAUCUUGUACAAGUGUUAAUGGCAUUAUUUUUAUUCAUAACUGGGUGGAAGCUUAUAUUAGAUUCAAUAACACAAAUGAACUCCGAGUAUUCACGAUGCUUAAGAGAAGAAAAAUUACGUAGAAUGUUACGUGAAAAUGAUGACGAUUAUGAAACAGAUUUCGAAAUAUUAAACAUGAAUCAACCAAAUUCAAUAGCACCUAUGAGUCAACAUCGAUUUUCUAUUAUAUCAACAAAUAUCAAAAAAUAA